GCAGGACGCAUGCUCGCUCCUCUCUUCAUCCGGGUACCUGCAGUUGACUGUGUGGGUACGGAGGCGGGAAAUGGCGUCCAGAGGUGCGGGGAGGACAGAGGUGAACCUCGUCUGAAGAGGCACGCGAACAAGAGCAAGUGUCAGCAGCCCUGAUAUCGACCGUUAUCCUGCGACUCGAUCCCCCGGAGCUUCGUCCAUCUUACAUGUGACUCUUAACAAAAUGAGGCUGAGAAUGCGCAAGGCUUCUCAGCAGCCAAAACUCGCCCGCAGGCCCUGCCCGGCCCGGACCAAGCGAAAGCACUCUGAGAUGGAGGAGUGCUCAGGUGAAAGCAAGGGUCUUCUGUCCAGCAUCAAGAAGUUCAUCCAUGGAAGUUCCAUCAAGCAGGUGGAGCAGGACAGCCCAGCAAAGAGGAAUCGUCUGAGCUGCGAGCUGAUCACCUCCACCCCACAGAGAAACAAUGACCUGCAACGGAAAAGCAUCUACAGGGCACGUCGGAGAAGCUCCGUCAAUGGUGAAACCACAAAUCAUGACACGAGUAAGCCUGUCAAGCCUAAUGGCAAAUUGGAGGACUCUGAGGAGGUUGUGAGCAGUCCACCCCGCACCACCCUGCUUGGAACCAUCUUCUCUCCUGUCUUCAAUUUCUUCUCACCAGCAAAUAAAAAUGCCUCGGAUUCCCCAGGCCAGGCGGUGGAGGCGGAAGAGAUUGUGAAGCAACUAGAAAUGGAGCAAGUAGAAGAGAUGCCCACCAGUGCUGCCACAUCUAGAGAGCCCCUAAGUGUCCCUCUCUAUACCAGUGCCAUGCCAUCUGCCUUCAGACCUCCACCCUCCACUCACACACCUGCGGAGGAGAGAGAGAACACCCCCCACUCUGACCUGCCUCCUCUUACAGCUCCUGGCUCUCCUGCAACAGUGGGGUAUGUGGACACCUCUAUUACUGUCCCAGCUGAAGGAUCAUAUGAGGAGGAGUGGGAAGUGUUUGACCCGUAUUUUUUCAUCAAACAUGUACCUCCGCUAACAGAAGAGCAGCUAACUCGCAAACCCGCACUCCCUCUGAAGACUCGCAGCACUCCCGAGUUUUCCCUGGUGCUUGACCUGGAUGAAACCCUUGUCCAUUGUAGCUUGAAUGAGCUGGAUGAUGCAGCACUAACCUUCCCUGUCCUCUUCCAAGAUGUCAUAUACCAGGUUUAUGUGAGAUUGAGGCCAUUUUUCAGAGAGUUCCUUGAACGCAUGUCUCAGAUUUAUGAGAUCAUUCUCUUCACUGCCUCCAAGAAAGUUUAUGCAGACAAGUUGCUGAACAUUCUCGAUCCGAGGAAACAGCUGGUGCGGCACCGAUUAUUUCGUGAGCACUGUGUCUGUGUCCAAGGAAACUACAUUAAGGAUCUUAAUAUCCUCGGACGGGAUCUGUCCAAGACUAUAAUUAUCGAUAACUCACCACAAGCCUUUGCUUAUCAGCUCUCCAAUGGGAUCCCUAUUGAGAGCUGGUUCAUGGACAAGAAUGACAACGAACUUCUGAAGCUGGUCCCUUUCUUGGAGAAACUGGUGGAAUUGAAUGAGGAUGUGCGGCCACAUGUCCGUGAACGGUUUCGGCUGCAUGACCUCCUUCCUCCUGACUGAGCGCACAUAGUGGGACAGGACAGUAAAAGACAACAAAUGCAGAUAUACAUUUUGCAUUACAACAUCAUUGCCAUUACUCUUCAAAUUAACUUUUGUUUUUUAUUCCCCUAAAUUUUCAUUGCUACGAUAACACAAAAUGAACAUUUUGACUCUCUUUUGUGCAGUCAGAGGGGUUUUGAAGUUUCUUGUGUUGUCUCUUCGGUUGUUUCAUCCAGUACUAAGUGAAUGUGUAGCAGUCAGAAGAGAAGAGGAUUAUGUCUUUUGGUGCUCCAAUGGGAUUGGUUGACACUGUUGGGCUUUUGACCAAUUUCAUCAGGAAUGGCCAGUAAGAAAAGCAUACCGUCUGACAGAAGUUAGAUUCUUGUGAGUGAUUUGGGUUUUUUUUUUUUUUUUUUUUCAUUUAAUGUUUUCAGUAUGCAUUCCUCUCCAUUUGUACGUUUUGAUUUGUGUUUACUUCAAAUCAAUGUUUUCUCAACUCCUGGCUUGUUUUGUUUGCCAAAAUGCGUUCAUUUCUUAGAUCGUGGUCUGGUUGAAUAUUGUUCUGUUCUUGAAUUAGGUGUGUUUACAGCACAGUGGAAUCAUUCGUUUUUAUGUGGAUUGAAUGAGAACGGUUUAAACCAGAGUGAUGGCUGUUUCAUAGAAAAAGAUUUGCAGUGACUAAAUUCUUAAAUUGUUUGAAUAAGAAGUUUCCUACAAAUGCUUCAGAGCUCUACAGCUUCUUGCUAUUGUCUCUCCACAGAUAUUUCUUCACCUUAUAAGAUCUAACAACAUAUUACUUGUUAAUUAGUAGCACCUCAAAAUGGUAUUCAUCGGCUACUGUUUUAUUACGUUUUUUAAAAAAAUACUGUUUUGCUUAUUAUUGUUUCAUAUUUAGCCAGUGUAUUUUUAUAUAUAUAUAUUUUAGGGUGUUUUAAGAUCACCUUUAUGUUUUAUUGAUAGAUUACAACCAAGUAUUUUCAUGUUAAAAUUUGAAGUUAAUGUAGCAUUACCCAGAGCUAAUCUAUUGAAACUGUACUGCAAGGGAGAAGAUUGAGGGCUGUAGCCUGGUAGAGCCCUGUUUAUAGCACCAGCAUAACAACAGCCAGUCUCAUCGCUGUGGUUUAAACCUUCCUGCCUGACGUUCUGGCUUUUCUUUUAUACUGGGAUUCUGUAGGGGGGUGUAGCUGUGUCAAGAAGUAUUGUGUGAUGUAAGCUAGAUGAAUGAGUGUGCAUCGCUGUCUGAGGAGAAAGGGAUAAUUAUUCUGCAAAAUGUUUUUUCUUCCUCUCGAUCCUUUUCAAAUUGCCUUUUUUAAUUCAAGUUAUAGGCGAUACUUCAAAUAGAGUAAUACAGAGUAAGAGAUGAAACUACAGUAGUGCCAUUCAGGGUUAGUGAAGCAGGGCCAGGCUAGUUGCUUUUCCUUCUCUCUUUUUCUGGUCUGUAAAUGGAUUUGUUUUUAAAAAUGAACAUGUUCACUUUCUACUCAUGCCACUGGUGCCAUUUAUGCUGUUUGUGUUUAGUGUUUUCUGAUAAAUGGGUCAUUCUUAGUAAUAGACAAUCACUGAAUACAUCAUUUGUCUACAUUGGAUUGUGACCCUGUCAUAGUAGUGUUUUUUGUUUGUUUGUUUGUUUUUUUUUUUUUGUUUUUUUUUUUGGCUGAAAAUAUAAUUCAUAACUUUUAAAAAAAUUGAGGCCUUUUAGUUGAACGUUUAAAAAACAUCUUGUAUGCAGUAAAGAAAUUAUGUAGGUUUUUUUUGUUUUUUUUUUUUUUUUUUAUGAAUUUUUAACUUGUAACUACAACAAUGAAUUGCAAGGUGUUUAUGCUGUAAUUGUAAAUAUCCUGUGGUACUUCCCAAUUGAAGGAGAGAGGGAGGAAAAAAAGGAGUGAAAAAGUGUGAUCCCAAGGAUCCUGAUGUACUGACAAAAAGAAAGAGUCCACAAGUCACAAACACAGUAUUUUUCCUCAUAGCAUAGACUGAUUUGGCAAUGGUUACACAUACUUUUUGAAAAUGGUUAAACAUCGUGUUACAUGGUGAGUAGCUUUUUUUUUUUUUUUUUUUUUUUUUUUUUUUUUUAGUGUCAGCAAUUCCUUCUCCCUACAUUGAUGCUAAUAGUCCAGAAUGAUAGCUUAGAUGUUGGGAGGUGGGUUGCAUCUACCGUUAGGCCCUGACACUUUCUUACAAAGACAAAGAAAAUUAUUUUGUAUGAUUGUCGAAAAGCAGUAGUGUAGUAAGUGUAACAUGAUGCAGAGGUUUGUUUCAUAUGUACAACCAGUUCAUUGUAAUGUUCAUUACUUUUGUACAAAGCAUAUUGUACUAAUUGUGCAUAUUGUGCAUAUUGCAGCUUCAUGAAAAAAAAAAAAAAAAAGUUAAAGGAAAA